UUUCUCCGAAUAGGUAGUUAAGAAGAGAAGAAGAGAAAAAAAAACAGUCUAAAGUCUAGCUUCCCUCCGUUCCGUGUGUCUUCGCUUGGCUAGUCGACUUCAAGUUCCCAGGUUCCUUCAAUAGUCCCGUCGCUCCCGUCCCUUUGUUUGCUUCGCUCCCCUUUCAAACUUGUCUCUCCUUACGACGACGACGACCACACAUCAUGUCUUCAGCCGCCCAACCUGCACCCGAUCCCGCGGCAGCAGAGGCAGCAGCCGCUGCCGCUGCCGCGGCCAUGCGCCAGUUCACCAUCGAAGCCUGGACCUUACUGUCAAUUGGUAUUCUCGUGACUAUACUUCGGACGUACGGCCGUAUAAAAGCCGUAGGACUUAAGCACCUACAAGCCGACGAUUACUUGGCUUGGAUUGGAGUGACCUUCUAUGCUGUCGAAACCAGUCUGGCCUAUUCGGUCGGUGCUGUCGCUCAGGGCUUGGCUAACAAUGGUAUGACGGACGAGCAACGUGCCGCGUUGUCGCCAGACAGUCAAGAAUACAAGACGAGGGUCACCGGCUCCCAGAUCCAGCUCGCAGGAUGGUCUUCUUACUCUGUGCUCCUCUGGUCCCUCAAGGCGUCCCUGUUGGUCUUCUACAUGAGAUUAACGGCUGGAUUGAACCGGACCUAUCUGAUUCGUAUCUACAUCGGGUUUGGACUGCUCAUCGCUAGCUUCAUGGUCGUAUUGUUGAACCUUUACUUGGGAUGCCGUCCAUUUCAUAAGAAUUGGCAGAUCUAUCCCGAUCCAGGAAAUGUCUGCCAGCCGGCCAUAUCUAAUCAAGUAAUCUGGGUGUAUCUGUCGAUGAAUGUAACGACCGACUUAUAUCUGAUUUCUAUCCCUGUCCCUAUGCUUUGGCAAUCCAGUUUGAAGCCCGCAAAGAAAUUUGGCUUAAUCGUUCUCUUCAGCGGCGGUCUCUUCGUCGUUGCUUGUGCUAUCCUACGUUGUGCUCUCAUCGUAACUGACCCGGUUAAUGGAGCUCAGCUCGCUGGAUCCUGGGCCGUUCGAGAGACGUUUGUUGCUGUGAUUACGACGAACCUACCUAUGGUCUUCCCUCUAAUCAAGCUGUGGCUUACUCCGAUUCUCGGCUCUCUAAUCACGACGGUGCGCUCGCAGCAGAAGCUGACGGACAAGGAAUCGAGAAGCGAUCUUCGCACGUUCGGCGGUGGAAGUCAUCAGAGUUGGCGACGACGCGGGCCCCCCACGGCCAACCCGAUCACGAACUUCACAUUUAACGAGAGCGAGGAACGGAUAGUGGACGACGUCAAGAUGCAAGAUCUAAAGGGCUGGACCGACACGAGCACCAACGGCAGCAGCCCUACCCGCAACAACAAUCACAACAUCCACAAACACGUGGAGGUGGAGGUCGUCAGUGAGGUGCGCGACGAGAGGGACAUGUCAGACACCCGACACCCGGCCAUCGGCGACGAGGAGAACCAGAUCCACGGGAACUACUCUUUCGCCAGAGGCCCCCAGAGAUCGAGUUUCACCGGCAACGGUCGGACGUAAAGAAAGAACGAACGAAAAAGAAAGAAAGGAUGAGAUACAGAAAUAAGGGAGGGACACGCGAAUACUAAUAUAUAUCCUGACGGACUCCCUCUUGG